GUUAAAUCGAAAACCAAACCGUUAAAGGACUAAAAACCGAUAAACCGAAAACCGAUAAAAAAUAUCUUAUUGGUUUGGUUAUUGGUUUAGCAUAUUUAAAAAUCGAAAAUCGAUAAACCGAACCGGUAAUAUGUAAUACCGAACCGAACUGACCGAUGCACACCUCUAAGCUCUUGGGAAAGAAGUUGCUAGACACAUCAUUAGUCCAUCUUUUUGGAAUGACACUGUAAAAGCACUUAAAGUUGGUGGUCCUCUAGUUACUGUACUUCGUUUGGUGGAUGGAGAGAUAAAACCACCAAUGGGCUACAUUUAUGAAGCCAUGGAUAGAGCAAAAGAAAGUAUUGAAAAGGCAUUUGAUUAUGUUAAAAGGAAAUAUGAGAAGGUUUUUGAAAUUAUUGAUACAAGAUGGACGAAUCAACUUGAUCAACCUUUGCAUGCAGCGGCACAUAUUUUGAACCUCGGGCUCUAUUAUAAAAAUAGUGAGAUGAAGGAUUUGGAUGAAGAAGUGUGGCUGGGAUAUCAUGCAUGUCUUGAAAGGAUGGUCCCAAAUAAAGCUUUGAUAGACAAAAUAAGGGAGGAGCUUGGUAGAUACAUGAAAGCUGAUGGGCUACUUGGAUUGGAAUCAGCCAUUAGAGCUAGAACCUUAAGGCCACUAGUUGAAUGGUGGAUGCAAUAUGGCCAUAACGUCCCAAACUUGCAACAGUUUGCUAUUAGAGUUCAAAGUUUAACUUGUAGCUCAUCCGGUUGCGAGAGAAUUGGAGCGUGUAUGAACAUAUUCACACUAAAAAGAGGAAUAGGCUUGAGUUGAAAUGCCUCAAUGAUCUAGUGUUCAUCAAAUACAACAGAACACAACACUGGUGCGUCGUUACAAUGCUUGUGAUACCAUUGAUCUAAUUAUGUUGGAUAAUGUUGAUGAUGCAAAUGAAUGGUUAACGGGAGUCCCUUCAAAUCAUGAAGAUGAAAAAGUAUAUGAAGGAGAAGAUCUCACUUAUGGCCAUGUUGCUUCAGCAAGUGGUGUUGAGGAAAGUGUUUAUGGUUUUAGGAGGAGUACUUUAAGGGGCAAGGAAAAAGUGGGUUCAAGUAGAACCCUUGUUGAUGAGGCUUCUGAUGAUGAAGAAGAUAUUGUUCAAGAUAAUAGUGUGAUGACACUUCAGGAGUUUGGAGAUCUUGUUGAGGAAUAGGAUGUAGAAUAUAAGUGCUAAACUUUGCUCUGAUUGUUGGUUUCUCUAUUUGUGUUGGUUGAUUACGACGCAAGCGGCAAGACUGAUUUUUAGUAUUUUAGUAGUUUGCUUGAAUGCUUGUUAUGACUAUCUAUUCUUUUUAUAAUUUGAGUAUUGAAUGAUUGUGUUAUUUAUUAAGCUCUUGGUUAUUUAUUUAUGCAUGUUUAAUAUUUUUAAAUUUUGUACUAAAUAGCGCUUUAAUGGAAAAAAGCGUGCGCUUCGCUUCACGCUUUUCGCUUCUGUGAAGCGAGCCCUCGUCGCUUUUUUUCGCCUCUCGCUUUUCAAAACAUUGGUUACAACAAAAGA